AUGGCGGCGGUGGUUUCAACGGUAGUGGCAACGGCAGCGGACGAGGGUUUAACAGUAACCGCGGCUUUGACGGUGGACGUGGGUUUGGCGGAGGCCGAGGCGGAGCGCAAGGCCGAGUCCAAGUGCAGCUACUGCGGCGAAGUUGACCACUGGUGGCGGGAGUGUGCCCGGCGUUUGGUGGAUGAACAAGCAUUGGGAGCGACCCAACCGACGCCAUUGGCGGCGAGCAGCAACCAGGGCGGCGGAAGCGCAGCUACAGCAACGCCACCGACGGCUCCGGGAAACUAG